AAGUUACUUGCAAUUGCAAUGUACAAAAAUUCGUUCGAUCGAUUCGAUCUCUAAAUCGCAGGCAGAGACGAAUUAAAAACCCCAAUAUUGACUGAGUGAUUAAAAAUGUGGGUUUGGUUUGUUGCUUUAUAGUCAAAGUGAUUGUGUUAUUGAAUAAAGAAAAAGUUCCUGUACGAGCUCGUUAAAAUUCAAACAAAUUACGCCGACAUUUAUGCAUCGCGAUCAAUCGCCAACAAAGUAGUGAAUGUCGUGAGGCGAACUAAGGUUUACAGUGAAAGGACGAGGUUAUUGUUGUUUUUUUCCCUAGCGGAAGUUUGCAAUGGUUAAGAAAGGUAAAACCAUGUCGGUGAUUCCCCAACACGCCUUCAAAGCGGAAGACAUAAUAAAAAGCGGCCGCACGACCAGGUCCAACGUAGACGACAUAAAAAAAUGGCUGAAAUUCAAACCAUACAUUCCAGAACUGUCCGACGAACAAAUCGUCCUUUUCCUGAUAGCCUGCCAAAACAACAUAGAGGUGACUCAGUACACCAUCGAAUGCUACUUUAACUACAAAUUCUCCUAUCCUGAGAUGUUCAGUAACAGGGACGUGGACAGUGAACAGAUGCAGCAUACUUAUCGAGUGACAAAAUUUGCGAUUUCUCCGAAGCGGACCAAGAAUAACUACGUGGUAGGCUUCGCUAUGUUAAGAGACACGUACUAUUAUAAUUACAAUUUGGAGCAACAGUCGAAAGUUUUGUUCUCGUUGGUGGACGUAGCGCUGCAUUCAGGGCCACCAGACGGGUUGGUCUUCAUCAUAAAUAUGAAGGGGGUUGGCUUAAUGCACGUAACUCGGAUGAAGAUAGGAGCUGUAAGAAAGUUUCUAUGUUACUUACAAGAAGCUUUUCCUAUUCAACUGAGGCAAGUUCACAUACUCAAUGCUUCCUACGUGUUCGAGAAAAUUUUAACUAUUUUGAAACCGUUCAUGAAAAAGGAGCUAUUCGAUAUGAUCAUUCCUCAUUCACCUGCCAUGCCUAUGGAGGAUUUUUUCGAAAAAUAUGUCCCCGCGAGCUGUAUGCCCUCAGAUUUAGGUGGUGAACUACCCACUUUGGACCAAUUGAGUGAAGACACACAAAACGAAUGCAGAAAACUGAAAACAUUCCUUGAAAUGGAAGAAAAACAAGUCCAAUUGUACAAAAAAGAGAAGUAGUGUUAAGUACAAUCGUUGUUAACUUAUUGUUUAAUAAAAAAUGCA